AUGAAUCCACCUCCACAUAAUCAAUUUGCAACCUAUGAUGAGCUUCUUGAAUACGUCCAUGCCUUCUACAAAGCUCAAGGAUACGCUAUAACUACAAAGAGGUCACGAUCAGAUCUGAAGGGUGAAAUAAAAAAUAUAACAUUAGGUUGUGAUAGAAGUGGCUUAUAUAGAAACAGAUCAAAUCUUACAGAUGAUACACGCUAUAAAAAGACAGCUUCAAGGCUUAUAGAUUGUCCAUUUGAGCUUUUUGGAACUCGACACAAUAAUCUUUGGUACCUUGAGAUUCAGAAUUUAAAACAUAUUCAUGAUGCAUCUACGGAAAUGUCUGGUCAUCCAAUUAUCCGAAGAUUGAAUAUUGAGCAAAGAAAGAUGGUUAAACAAAUGGCUGCUGCUAGCACUCGUUCUCAUUAA